AUGGUCAAAAUACGAUAUUUUAUUAUCGAACCAAAAAAUGAACUGCAGCGUAAUGCGAUUACUGAAUCUCGACGUAAGGAAUUGGAGGUAUACGAAAGGGCUUUGGAUAUUCAAUGGUUGAACAAUCGCAUGGAAGAUGGCAGAAUGGGUCGAUGUCUUGCGCUCAUACAGAAAGAGGCUGAGAUGGAGAAGGAAUUCCAAGAGAGAACAGAUCAUGCAGCAAUAGUUAAUGCACGAGCACAGAAAGAAACAGCCCUCGGUAUUGAGAUAGCUAAAGUACAACAAGAGGAGACAUGUGAACUUCUACGCAGGCACUAUCUCCGAGAGAGAGAUCCCAGUCUCAGAGAUCUAGUUAGAAAACUACAGGCUGGGUAUGUCUGCAGGGACUUGAAGCAGCAAAUAUUGAAUAAUGAGUAUAGGCGACUUCAGGAUAAGGUUCAAGAACGACAUGCUCAAAGCGUACUACGAAACGCUCUAUACAAUGAUACAGAAGCAAAACAACAAGAAGAGAAAGAGAAGAUGGAGCGUAACACACAGUACUGCAAAGAACUGCAGCAGCAGUUAGUCAACAGGCAGCGAGUGAAGCAGUGCCAGUACGAGGACACGUUAAUUGAAAAGAAGAUGCUGGAUGACGUCAUUCGAACUUUAGCGGAUGAAGACCAGAGAGAACUGCAACACAAACGCGAGCAAACGGAGAAGAUUCGCAACGAAAUGCUGACGUUUCAAAAGGCCCGCGAGGCGUGGAGACAGAAGCAGAAGCACAUGGUGAUCGUGGAAGAACGGCGGAUUGAAGAGCAGAAGAAAGCAGCAGCCGACAGGAGUCUGACUGUUAUAGCAGCAAGGCAGGAAAAACUGCGAAAGAGAGAAGAAUUUAAUGCUCGGAUUGGCGAUAAAAUAUUGUCUGACGAGGCGACUCGUCAAGAACGGGAGAACAUCAUUAAGCUUCUCCAAGAGCAGGAAUAUCUGGAGAAGAAUGUGCAAGACGAUAUCGCCGCCAAAGAGAAGUUGACAAGAGUGACAACUGAUACCAAAGAAGCGUUAACAAACCAAAUGGAGACGAGGCAACGGCUGGCGAAAGAGCAGAGGGAGAGGGAAGCACAAUUUAGAAAACAAGCAGAAGCAAAGAUGGCAGCAGAAGAAGAGAAAGAGCGGGAGAAGGAGAGGCAUUUGAAGGAGAAGAGGCGACAGUACGCGAAGCAGCUGCGAGAUCAGAUCGCAGACAAUACUCGGCGGAGGGAACUCGAGCGACGCCGCGAAGAACAACAAGCUCUUAACGUUUGGAAUACGGACAAAGCAUGGCGUUCAGAAGUUGCUACGGAGCGUAAGCAGAUCCUGCAGGAACACGCUCCUCACCUGGUGGGAUACCUGCAGGCUGGAGUGCUACAACAAGAAGACCUUCCCGUCCUCAAGACGGGAGCUGAACAGCAUGACCACCUCAGAACCUUGGACCUGGAGUCAUUGUCCAUUAAAAAUAGACCACAAGGCACUCCCAAGUGUAACGCGCAGUGCAGAAUACUGAGAGAGUACUAAAAUUAAUUAUGU